UGCUCAAACUCUUACACAUCUCCUCUUUACUUUCCCACCACUUGUCACGUAACUUCCUCUUCAGCCUACCCUCCAACCGCCUCUUUAUAAACCCCACUAACCCUCUCACUCCUUCACCAACACUCCUACACUUAAUUUUUCUCAUAACCUAAUUUUACCAGUCUCAUCUGUCCGAUCAAGAGAUGGCUAUGGAAGCAUUAAACUCACCUACAGCAGCAACUUCAGCUUCUCUGUUUGAAGAUUCCGGCUACCACCGUCUACCGGAGCCAUGGACUAAGCGCAAACGCUCCAAGCGUACUACUCCGCCUCAGUUUCCCCAACUGCCUUCUGAGGAUGAAUAUCUCGCUCUUUGCCUUGUCAUGCUUGCUCGUGGCACCACCAACGCCUCUGCCUCCACCUCUACAUCUACUUCCUCCGCUCCACAUCGCCACCGCUCUCCUACUUCUGCUCCACCACAAGCUCAGCUAGAUAAUCAGAAACAAACCUACAAGUGUACUGUAUGCGACAAGGUUUUUUAUUCUUAUCAAGCUUUAGGUGGACAUAAAGCUAGCCACAGGAAACUCGCUGCUUCUGGCGGCGCUGAUGAUCAGUCAACUUCAACUACAAUAACUACCUCCGCUACGGCCACAGUAGCUAGCGGAAGCGGAAGGGUUCACGAGUGUUCUAUCUGUCAUAGAACUUUUCCUACGGGACAAGCUUUAGGCGGACACAAGCGUUGCCACUACGAAGGAGGUUCAGCCGCCGCAGCUGAAAAAAGCGGAGUUACUUCUACUGCUUCUGAAGGCGUCGGGUCUACAGCCACGAAUCAGAGCCACCGAGCUUUUGACUUAAACCUCCCUGCCUUGCCAGAGUUCACAGCUGAUUUCUUUGUUUCGGGUGACGAUGAGGUUAUGAGUCCGCAUCCGGCGAAAAAGCUUCGAAUUGUUUUACCGGUGCCUAAAGUAGAAGCUUCUCACUAGAAGAUUUAGGAUAUCUUUUGCCAGGGCUAUUUAGGAAUCAUAUGAAAUUAGAAAAAAUAUAUUCUUUUAUUAUUUUUAUUCAUUAUUAUUCUUCUUGAUUUAAUGGUGUACAUAGCAGUUGAAUUUCUAUUUCAGUUGCUAGUUGUUCAAUUCAGACAUAUACUUCUUGAUUUAA